CCACUAUUCAGAGUGAUAUACAAGCGGACAGAAAGAUCUUAAUUUUUUUGUCAUGAAGACAGAUCUGCCGACGGCUGUGUUCUGUAUAUAUAUAUAAUUUGAGCUUAAGUUUGCAGUUUGCUCCGUUCUUGACAGAUAUUCAGACAAGUACUCGCAAGAUGAUUGGUGUUUUAUUAUUUUGUGUUUUAAUGUGCCUCUGCGCAAUAUGGGCGUGGCUUGUGUUCGUAGUGGAUGGGAAACAUAAACUACCCCCGAUUUAUCCUGGACACCUACCUAUUAUUGGACAUUUGCAUCUAUUAAUAGGUGAUGGAGUAUACUUGUGGAAUUUUGCAAAAGUCGUCGCGAUGAAAGCCAUGGAACGAGGGGGAGUUCUUGUUCUGAUUAUGGGAUACCGAAUAUAUUACGCAAUCACGGACCCUGAAGAUGCACUGACGGCUGCGAAUGCCUGCCUACAGAAGCACUUCACCUACGAUUAUGCCAAACCUUGGCUCGGAGAAGGAUUGAUCACUUCGUCAGGUGAGAUAUGGAGACGUCACCGCAAGCUGCUGACUCCCGCCUUCAGUCUACCAGUGAUGCUCAGCUUUCUAGAAGUAUUCAACAGCCAAUCAAGGAUGCUGGUUGAGAAUUUAAAAGCUAGAGUUGGAAAAGGAAAAUUUGAUCACACUGAUUAUUUGAGGAACAACGCUUUGCAAACAUUUUGCUUAACAGCAUUCGGUUUCUCGACCGGUUUCGAAGACAAGCAAUUCAUUCAGAAAUAUAUGCGCGCUGUGGACGAGAUCCUGAACAUUGUAACUAGAAGAUUCCAGAAGUUUUGGCUGCAAAGUCAACUCAUAUUUAAAUUGUGUGGCUAUCAGAAACGCCAAGACGAACUUGUGAAGAUUGUCAAUGAUAUGUCCGAUAAGGUGAUACAGAUGAAGAAGGCGGCGAGACUCAACGGUUCUGCAUACACCUCAGAUACGAAAUACAAGCCAUUCCUGGACCUACUCUUGGAGUUGUCAGACGAGAAUGCACUGUCUGAUAAGGAGAUCAGAGAGGAGGUGGACACAGCAAUUGUGACUGGCUUCGACACAACAUCAAGCUUACUUAGUUACAUUAUGAUACUGUUAGGAACACAUCCUGAAAUCCAGGAGAAGAUUUAUCAAGAGAUCAAACAAGUAUUCCCAACAGACAGGGAUGUUGAUAAGGAUGACCUUCAAAAGCUGGUCUAUACAGAAGCAGUGAUCAAGGAGAGUCUGCGAGUCUUCACCACUGGUCCGGUCACCCUGAGAUACGUUGACAAGGAUGUCAAACUAAAAAACUACACAAUGCGCGCAGGAAGUCAAUGUAUCAUCUUACUGUUUGGGGCCCAUCGUGACCCCGUGUGGGGUAAAGACGUAGCUGAAUUCCGACCAGAAAGGUGGUUGGACCCUGACACGCCUGUCAAUCCUGGCGCUUUCAUCGGCUUCAGUUUGGGCAAAAGAUCCUGUUUAGGUAGAACAUACGCCAUGAUAUCCAUGAAGACGACGUUAGUUCAUUUCCUAAGAACCUACAAGGUGACGGCUGAUGACAGUAAUCUAAAACUGAAGGUCGAUUUUCUUUUGAAGCCUGUUUCCGGACACGAAAUAACGAUUGAACAAAGAAGCUGAAGUAUGAUUUUAUUUUAAAAGCUUACCUAAUAAUCUAUAAUUGAAAAAUGAAUAGCAAAAUGUAUUGUUAAGCGCAUAAGUCAAAAACGCCUCGACCAAAUUCGCAAAUUUUUGUUGAGUUUGUAAUCAGGAGAAGGCUCUUAUGAAAGAUCGGAAAAUUCGAACCGGCUGGAUAGCCGUGCGUACUGGGUGCGGGCCGCUAGUUAUAAAUACAAAUAGCCGGGUGGUUCAGUAUGAACUAUUUGAUAUGCAAAUCUAAACUGUAAGUACUGUAACUUUAAAG